UCUGAAACUCUCCAGCUGUAUCCUCCUUCUCCACCCGCCCUGCACUGCACACAGAGAAACGUUUUGCAUGUCGUGUUUUGGUGCCAAAUUGGAGGUGUCACAUACUUGCGUGGUUUAAAGUGUUCGCUAUCUGUGCAUUUUAAGUAGAAACGCAAAUCACCUGUAUUUUUUCUAUACAAAUGAUGCAGACGCUCCCCGAACUCCUCAAGGCGCUUUUUUUUUUAAAAUGUAUGCGUGUGUGAAAAUGUAGAUGCCCCCCCCCCCCCAGCACCCCUUUCUCGUUCCACCAUUCCCCGGUAUUCUGUCUGUGUAAAGUGACGCGCUCCCUUGCCCGUUUCGUUUUGCCCUCCUCCGCCGCCGAUGCGGGUUUGCACAAUGGAGACGCUCCCUAGCCUCGCUCUCCCCCUCCCCCUCGUCCGAAGCUCCCUGUUUGUCUCCAAGAUGGCGGGUGCUGUGGCGGUUUGGGUUUUCGUCUACAAUCGCGGAGGCGCUGCCGUUUCUCGUCCGACUAAACGGGGAUUCGUUCUGUCUGCCGGCGCGACCAGCAACCCCGUUUAGCUCCAGGCAAAUCCUUUUCUGCCUCUUCUUGUCCAGACCCACAUGGGUGGGGGUCUUGUCACCUCGGUAUGCUGUUGAUGUGUGGGAAGCAGGAAGGUGAAAUGGUCCCUUUGAUGAGAAGAUUUUGAUUUUUGCUGGAAACUGGAGAGAGAUCGAUCGGAUUGAAAACCAAUCGUGUUCUUUUUUUUGUUUCGACGCGGUUGUGGAAUUAUUAUUAUUAUUAUUAUUUUAUUAUUACAGUACUUGAAACAAACACAUUUGUUGAGAGGAACACUACAGCUGCUGCUACCGCUACCCCUGCUUUACAGAGUUUGUUCUGGGGAUUCCUGCACACAUUGGAUUAUUGUGGCAUUUCCUGCUGGGAACCCCAAGGAGAGGAGAGGCGGUAGUUCGCACCCUUGUCAAAGCGUCCGGGGGGUGGGUGGAAGUGGUCCCCUGGGGGCUGUUUGUAACGCCUGUGCUAUGGUGAACUGCUUCCCACCGGGCUGCUUGUCUUCACGUUGCGUGGAACUCACCGGCCAGCACCAGGAUAAAGGAUAACCGGGGCGGCUGGCUGGCUGGCUGGCUGGGGGGGGAUCUCUGUCUCUCUGUCUCUCUCUCUCUGAAUGGAUUAUUCUGCGACCGCGGUUCAGCCAUGGUAAAGCUAGCGAACCCGCUGUACACUGAGUGGAUCCUGGAGGCGAUCAAGAAGGUGAAGAAGCAGAAGCAGCGUCCCUCGGAGGAGCGCAUCUGCAAUGCGGUGUCCAUGUCCCACGGCCUGGACCGCCGCACCGCCCUGCAGCAGCUGGAGCUCAGCGUCCAGGACGGCACCGUCCUGAAAGUGUCCAACAAGGGCCUCAACUCUUACAAGGACCCCGAUAACCCCGGCCGGCUGGCCAUCCCCAAGCCCCGGGGGAACCCGGCCCGGCCGGCCGAGCACAAGCAGGCCCCGGACUGGAACAAGCUGCUGAAGAGCGCCUUGGAGGGGCUGGGCGAGCCGGGGGGCUCCUCCCUGAAGAGCAUCGAGCGCUUCCUCAAGGCGCAGGAGGACGGGGCGGCCUGGCUGGGAGGGGGGGCCCUCGCGUUCCACCAGCAGCUGCGCCUGGCCGCCAAGCGCGCCGUCGGGCACGGCCGCCUGGUCAAGGAGGGGCCGCUGUACCGGCUGUGCGGCCGGGCGCAGUCCCUGGCCUGCCUGCCCCCCGUCCGGCUGCUGCAGCACGAGAAGGACAAGCCGGUUGCCGAGCCCAUUCCCAUCUGCAGCUUCUGCCUCGGGACGAAGGAGCAGAACCGGGACAAGAACCCAGAGGAGCUGAUCUCCUGCGCGGACUGCGGCAACAGCGGUCACCCGUCAUGUCUGAAGUUCUCUGCAGAGUUGACGGUUCGAGUGAAAGCCUUGCAGUGGCAGUGCAUAGAGUGCAAGACGUGUAGUUCUUGUCAAGACCAGGGGAAAAAUGCGGAUAACAUGCUGUUCUGUGACUCGUGUGACCGCGGGUUUCACAUGGAGUGCUGCGACCCUCCACUCACACGGAUGCCCAAAGGAAUGUGGAUCUGUCAGAUCUGUCGGCCGCGGAAAAAGGGAAGAAAGCUCUUACACAAAAAAGCAGCGCAGAUCAAACGGCGCUACACGGCGCCCCUGGGCCGUCCCAAGAACAGGUUAAAGAAGCAGAACGCAGCAUCGAAAGGCCCCUUUAAGAAGCUGCGUGGCAGGCCGGGCCUGGGUCGGGGGCGGAGACGCAAGCUCUCCAAACUGUCCCGCGGCUCCUCGUCGCCCCCUUCCUCCCCCUGCUCCUCCUCCUCCUCCUCCUCAGGGGGUUACCCUGGCGAUGACCACCUGCUGUUCGACUUCGGGGACGGAGCGGGGAUCCGGCUCAACAAAAAAACCAAAGGGCUCAUCGACGGCCUGACCAAAUUCUUCACCCCCUCCGCGGACGGGCGCAAAGCCCGGGGCGAGGUGGUGGACUACUCGGAGCAAUACAGGAUCCGGAAGAAAGGGGAGCGCAAAUCCAGCACUUCAGACUGGCCAGGAGACAAUCAGGACUCGUGGGAUGACAGGCGGGACGGUGAAGACAGGUUGCUGGGGAGCCAGGAGAUCAUGUCAGAGAAAGACAUCGAACUGUUCAGGCACAUUCAGGAGCUAGCACUGCAGAAAGUCGGGGUGACCGGACCCCCAGAUCCACAGGUGCGCUGUCCUUCGGUCAUCGAGUUUGGGAAGUAUGAGAUCCAGACGUGGUACUCUUCACCGUACCCACAGGAAUACAGCAGACUGCCCAAGCUGUACCUGUGUGAGUUCUGUCUCCGGUACAUGAAGAGCAGAAGCAUCCUCUACCAGCACAUGAGGAAGUGUGGCUGGUUCCACCCUCCUGCCAAUGAGAUCUAUAGGCAAGGCAACGUCUCUGUGUUCGAGGUGGACGGAAACGUCAGUACGAUCUACUGCCAGAACCUCUGCCUGCUCGCCAAGCUCUUCCUGGACCACAAGACGCUUUACUAUGAUGUGGAGCCGUUCCUCUUCUACGUGCUGACGCAGAACGAUGCCAAGGGCUGCCACCUGGUCGGGUAUUUCUCCAAGGAGAAGCAUUGUCAGCAGAAGUACAACGUGUCCUGCAUCAUGAUUCUUCCACAGUACCAGCGCAAGGGCUACGGCCGGUUCCUCAUCGACUUCAGCUACCUGCUGUCGAAGCGUGAGGGCCGGGCUGGCUCCCCGGAGAAGCCUCUGUCAGACCUGGGCCGCCUCUCCUACAUGGCGUACUGGAAGAGUGUCCUCCUGGAGUGCCUUCACCGCUGCCACGACAAGCAGCUGACCAUCAAGAAGCUGAGCAAGCUGACGGGGAUCUGCCCCCAGGACAUCACCGCCACGCUGCAGCAGCUGGGCAUGCUGGAGCCCCGCGGGGGCCGGCUCGUGCUGCUCCGCAGAGAGAAGAUGAUCCUGGAGCACAUGGCCAGGCUGCGAGCUCGGCCUCGGCACAUCGAGCUGCACCCCGAGAGUCUGCACUGGACCCCCGUCAUCGUGUCCAACACUGUGCUGUCAGAGGAGGAGGAGGAGGAGGAGGGAGGAGAUCCCGGCAAGGAGAGCAAGCAGAAUGCAGCUCCUUUACUGAACUCAUGGGAGAAGGAGGAAGAGGGUGGCAAGCGGUUCUCCGUGUUAUCCAACAGCAAGACCCCGUCCACGACCCCCUCCGGUCAACCCAGCCGCCUUCUCACAGCUGACCCGGCGCCACUGCCCCCUCCCACCACCAACGGAGAGACCCGGCGUGGCAGGAGGGGCAAGAGGAAGCGGGGGCGCCUCUGGCUGAAAGGGAAGGCAGCGGCUGCAGCAGCAGAGGAGUCCCUGGGAGAGGGAGAGGGAGAGGAAGAGGAGGAGGAGGAGCCCCCCCCCACGCUGCUUGCGGUGGACAGAAAGCCGUCUCUUCCCAAGAGGAGGCUGGGAGAAGGUGGGGAGCUCCCGAGGAGGAGGGGUCGGCCGGGCCAGAAGGGGGCUCUGAAGAGACGGCUCAGCGAGGGGGGGCCCCGGAGGCAGGUGGGCAGGCCUCCGCAGAGGAGGCUGAGUGAGGGAGCUGCGGAGCCCCAGAGGAGCAGGUGCUUCAGCGAGAGCAGCGAGGAGGAGGAGGAGGAGGAGGAAGAGGGAGCCAGCUCUCCGCCCGCGCUCUCCAAACCCACACUCAAGUGCAAGAAGCCUCUCAGGAAGCGGCGAGUGCGGAGGCGCAGUCACCCCCACAGCAGCGUCGUCACGGAGACCAUCUCGGAGACCACCGAGGUGCUGGACGAGCCCUUCGUGGACUCGGACUCGGAGAGGUCCAUGCCACGGCUGGAGCCCACGUUGGAGAGCUCCUUCACACGGGGGUACCGCCGCUGCCUGCCCCCCCGAGCCGCUCUCCGACAGACGCCCUCCGGCAAGAGGAAGCAGCGGGAGCGUGAGGGAGAGUCCGAAGAGGAAGACACUCCGGUCCUGAAGCCCGUCUGGACUCUGCGCAAACCGGACCUGGACGGGGAGCCUUCGGAACUGCAGCCAGCGACGCCGGUGAAGAAGAAGAAGAAAGGCUGGCCCAAGGGCAAGAGCCGCAAGCCCCUGCACUGGAAGAGGAAUCCUGGGCGGCAGCCUGGAGCAGCUGAGGAGGAGGACCGGAGCCCCAAGACAGAGGCGCCGCCAGCCCGGCCCAAGAUGAAGCCCGGGAGGAAGCCGCGCAGCUACUACCUGCAGAGAGAGGCAGAGGCACGGGCCGCAGAGCAGAGGGAGUGCGGGGAGAUCCACAAGAGACGGACGCAGCAGCAGCUAGAAGAGGCAAACAAGAAAACAGAGGAGGAGGGGGAGAAAGUGAGCAGCGCGUCCAAGACACUCGUGGUGGCUCCGGGGGGCUCCGGGAGCCCUGCGGCUGAGCUGAAAGACACAGGAACGGAAGAGGAACAAGAGGAGGAGGAGGAGCAGCAGCAGCAGCAGCCCCCUCCUUUUCCUCUCCCGCUCCCGCUCCCUCUCGCUCUCCCCAAGUCCCCGGAAGGCAGGCGAGGGAGGCUGGAGGAAGAGGAGCUGGAGGAAGAAGAGAGGGAGGAGACGGCUGGGGGCAACCCCAGCGACGACCACGACGCAGAUGAUGAAGACGACGGCCCCCUGGAGAUUAAGAAUCCAACGGCAACGGGAACGAGCGCGGAGAGGGAGAGGGAGGCUGCCAAGAGAGAGCCAGCAGGGGGGCAGCAGGAGACUGCUUCUGCUUUAGACACCAGCACUGAAGAGAACAACCACGAAGAGGAGGAGGAGGAGGGGAUCAGAAACAGUGUGGACUCUGAGGAAGAGCAGGUUCCCAACGAAACGCACUUGGAGCAGAUUCACGUUCCGGAGGUUGAGGAGGAAAGGAGAGGAGACGGGGCCAAGGAAAGCAGCAGCAGCAGCAGCAGCCUGAUGGAGCCAGAACUACAGCAGCAACAGCAGCAAGAGGAGCAGGAAGAGAUGAAUCAACAUCACCAUCUGAAUCACCUCCCACACCACCCACACCACCAACACCACCAGCACCACAGCAGCGAACUGGACCUGGAGACGGUGCAGGCUGUGCAGUCCCUGACCCAGGAGCAUGAAGAGGGGGCCUACCAGGACUGCGAGGAGACGCUGGCCGCCUGCCAGACCCUGCAGAGCUACAACCAGGUGGAUGAGGAUGAGGAUGAGGAGGAGGAAGAGGAGGGGGACCGCUCCCUGUCCCUGGGGGAGGACUGCAGCCACGCCAGCCCAGUCUCCACGGGGCACCCCCACCCCAGCCAGUCCGUGCGCUCGGCCAGCAGCCCCAGCGUGCCCCCAGGCCUGGAGGCAGGAGCAUCAGGAGGAGGGGGAGGCUACACCCAGAUCAGCCCCGAGCAGGGCUCCCUCUCGGCUCCCUCCCUGCAGAACAUGGAGACCAGCCCCAUGAUGGACGUGCCCUCGGUGCCCGAUCACUCGCAGCAGGUGGUGGACAGUGGCUUCAGCGACCUGGGCAGCAUCGAGAGCACCACGGAGAACUAUGAGAACCCGAGCAGCUACGACUCCAGCAUGGGGGGCAGCAGCAGCAGCAGCAGCGCCAACAACAUCAUCAACCACCAGGCCAACCAGCAGGCCAACAGCUGCUCUUUCGGGGCCGGCGAUGGGGCGAGAGGAGGCUUGACGUCUUCCGGGGGGGUUCUGUCCCAAAGCAGCAGCAGCAAUAAUAACAGCAGCAACAGCAGCAGCAGCAGCAGCAGCAACUCUGGCAGUAGCUGUGUGAUCACCCAGAUGACCGGGAUGAACAGCAGUUGUAGUUUAAUGCAGCCUCAACCCCCUCCUCCUCCUCCCCCUCUCCCACCACCUCCUCCUCCUCAGUCUUCUUCAAAUCUUCAAAUCAAAUCUCCGCAGAGCUGUGUGAUUGAGAGGCCCCCGAGCAGCAACCAGCAGCCCCAGAAGAAGCAGCAGCAGCAGCAGCAGACAGCCCCUCCUCCCCAGCCCCCUCCCCCUCCUCAUCCCCGCGCUUCCCAGCAGCAGCAGCAGCCGUCCCUGUCCCAGUGCAGCAUGGGCAACAGCUUCACCUCCACCCCCAUGAUCAUGGAGAUCCCCGAAUCGGGCAGCUCGGGCGCCCUGAGCCUGUACGAGAGGAUGGGGCAGGACUUCGGGGCAGGCGGCUACUCCUCCCAGCCCUCCGCCACCUUCAGCCUGGCCAAGCUGCAGCAGCUCACCAACACCAUCAUGGACCCGCACGCCAUGCCCUACAGCCACCCGGCCGUCUCCUACGCCACCAGCGUCUCCCUGUCCAACCCGGCCGGCCUGGCCCAGCUCGCCCCCUCCCCGCACCCCCAGGCACAGGCCACCAUGACCCCGCCCCCCAGCCUGGGCUCCCCGCUGCUGCAGUGCAACAUGCCUGGGGCCAACCUGGGCAUCCCGCACACACAGCGCCUGCAGGGCCAGAUGGCGGUCAAGGGCCACAUCUCCAUCCGCUCCAAGUCGGCCCCGCUGCCCUCGGGGCCCUCCCCCCACCAGCAGCAGCAGCAGCAGCAGCAACAGCAGCAGCAGCUGUACAGCCGGGGGGGGCCCAUGCAGGGGGGUCCGCGGACGCUGGCGGUGCAGAGGGGCAUGAUGCCCAACCUGAUGCCCAGCCAGGCCUACAAUGUGAACUCCAUGAACAUGAACACGCUCAACGCCAUGCAGGCCAGCUAUCGCAUGGGCCAGCCCAUGAUGAACAGCAGCUACCACACCAACCCGGCCUACAUGAACCAGCCCGCCCAGUACCCCAUGCAGAUGCAGAUGGGCAUGAUGGGGGGGCAGGGCUACCCACAGCAGCCUAUGCAGCCGAAUCACCACGGCAACAUGAUGUACACGGGGCCCUCCCACCACAGCUACAUGAACGCAGGGGUCCCCAAGCAGUCGCCUUACAUGAGCAGAUGAGCCUGCGAGUGGGGAGGGAGGGGGCUGAAACAAACAAAUUGUUCAUAAGGCGAGGGUGGGGGGGGUGAAUGACUAACGAGAGAAAUAAAAGAAACAGGCUUGACUUUCCUCCGGUGGCGAAAAUACAAAAGGAAAGAAAUGACGGACCUCUGUUUCGAAGGGCACUCCCUGUGACCUGGGGCAGGUCAGCUUGUGCUCUUUGUGUGUCUCUCUCUCUCUCUCCUCUGGAAAAGCCUGGUCUUUUUUUACUGAAGUGUUUUAAUUAAGAAAAGAAAAGGGGAGAGAUGAUGAAGAUGAUGUGAGGGUGGAGAGGAAACAAAUAAACAAACCAUCCAUACAAGCGAUGGAUUUGAAGACUUCAGAACCCGGCACACGAUCUUUACAUUGAAAUAGGAAGCCUUACCUACAGAAAAAAAAAAAAACUAAAAAAUGUAGAAAUGUAAAAUCUGCUUUUUUUUUUUUAAGAAAUGUUUUUAAUGUUUUGUUUCUUUGUGUGCAUUCCACAUCCUUUUUUAUUUUCUAUGUUAUCUGAAAAGGUUUAUUCUAGAAGUCAUGACGGGGUUUGAAAACCCACUGUCACCCCGUUACCCACACUGGAGGCCACAGGGUCUGCUGCGCUGAGGAGCGUCUGAACCCGGGUCCGGAGCACCGCGGGGUCUCCUGGCUUUCGCUCCACCCCGAGCGCUCACUUACUUAAUUAGUCUAAUUAUUUGAUUAACUGGACACAUUUAACACUUCUCUCCAGGUCUCAAAAUGUUUUGUAGGUCUGAAUCAAGUUGAUUGUUUAUAUCAUCAGCUGUAAAAUUAAAUAUGUCCAAUUGAACAAAAAAAUAAUUAGAUCAAUUAUGUUAAUUGAGAGCUUAAGUUGGAAUGAAAACCAGAAGACCCUGCGGCCCCCCCUUGAGGACUGGAGUUUGACACCCCUGCUCCAGUCCCAGGUGAGGGGGUUAGUCUGCUCCAGUCCCAGGUGAGGGGGUGAGUCUGCUCCAGUCCUAGGUUAGGGGGUGAGUCUGCUCCAGUCAGGACAGUCCCAGGUGAGGGGGUUAGUCUGCUCCAGUCAGGACAGUCCCAGGUGAGGGGGUGAGUCUGCUCUAGUCCCAGGUGAGGGGGUGAGUCUGCUCCAGUCAGGACAGUCCCAGGUGAGGGGGUGAGUCUGCUCUAGUCCCAGGUGAGGGGGUGAGUCUGCUCCAGUCAGGACAGUCCCAGGUGAGGGGGUGAGUCUGCUCCAGUCAGGACAGUCCCAGGUGAGGGGGUGAGACUGCUCCAGUCAGGACAGUCCUAGGUGAGGGGGUGAGUCUGCUCCAGUCAGGACAGUCCCAGGUGAGGGGGUGAGUCUGCUCCAGUCAGGACAGUCCCAGGCGAGGGGGUGAGUCUGCUCUAGUCCCAGGUGAGGGGGUGAGUCUGCUCUAGUCCCAGGUGAGGGGUUUCAUACCCUGGGCUUUCUCUCUGAACCAGUCCCUCCACAGUGAACGGUGCAGCCCAGGAGUUUAGAAAGAAAUGAGGGAGGGGGGUGGGGAGCCUUUGGACUUGUAUGCCUUGAGUUUUUUUUUGUGAGAGGGGGAAAUACAAAAACAAGGUUCAUGACUUGUCUGGCAUUCUCACAGAGCAGACUGAAAGCAAGAUGUCGCUGCUCUGGAUGUGUUUGUGUUAUUUUUCCUCAUCUGAACUCCGUACUGAAAUGCAGUAACAAGGCUGGUUUGAGUGAAUUCACUGGGACACAUCUUCCAGUCUUAGAUUUCUGAUAUACUGCUGGCCAGACCUCAGCAUUAAAAAAAACAAACAAAAAAAAUAAUAAUUGUGUAGCCUCGGCCUAAAACUAGAAAGUAUUAUUUCUUUAGAUGAAUAUAAUAAGAAGCCGUUUCCUGUGUGAGAAUAUGACUGUUCUGUGCUUCCUGUUAACACACGUUUUCAAUGCGCGACAUCGAGCCGCGUUUUAACUGCGUGUUCAGCAAAGCCCUUGAGUCUGCCAGACAAGAAGAGUUCACAAGAGGGUGAAAAAAAGAGUCAAAUGUCCGCCACGCCCACCUCCCCCCAGUGUACCGGCUGUGGUUCAAUCCUGAACCCGUUCAGCUGUGAUUCAUACCAUUAACCUGUUCAUUUAAUCGUGAUGUUUUAUACCAUGCUUGUUGUUUCAAUGUUCUAACUUUAAACGGGAGGGGAGGAGACUGUAAAAAUAUUAGACUUUUUUAUUUUGGUUUUUUUUCUGAAUUUUUCCAAUCGGGGCAGCUUCCUUUUGUAAAAGAGCUGACCUCUUAUUUUAUUGUUUUCGAGUUUAGAAACUUGUAGAGAGAAAAUGUUUUUCUAUAAUAUAAAAAAAAAAGAAAAAAAAAAUCCUACAUAUUAAUAUUGGUACUUGUCAUUUUGUUUGUUUCACUUUAUAUUUUUUAGCAGGAUACUUGGGUAAAUCUUAUUAAAAAAAAUUAAAAAUAAAAAAAAAAGUUGUAAGCUCACUCUUUAGUGACUACGAUGCCUUUAAGCGUUCCGUUCCAUCUCAUCUUUAGAAUUUUCUAUCUUUGUUGUAGUAUAUUAAAAACUAUUUUAAGAAGAAAAAGACAGAAAUCUGAAGUUCUCUAGUGGUUUCUUUUUGUUUUUUUUUUGUGUAUAGGACGACUCCCGAUGCCUUUGAAAGCCGCAUGUAAAAAGGAGCUGAGUGUAUUCCUGUCUGUUUUCUAUUGCUUUCUCUUUUUGUAUCCUUUGUAAUUGUACAUGGUGCGUUGUGAUCUGUGAGGGAGGCAAUGCUGAACCCUGUGCAGUUCGACUCGGUCUCCCUUCUCUUCCCCUGUAUGGAAUCAAGUACUUUCAAAAGAACUCCUGUACAUUUUAACAUAAAAAAAUAAAUAAAUUAUGUUGAACCGUU